UGCUGCAGUCACGACGACGAAUCCAGUUGGGCAACAUGGCUCCUGCUGGGAGGCUGAAGUUGAGCUUGCUACUGCUGUUUUUAUUAAGUUUUACGUUAAUUUGUGCGGAACGACAUGGAUUGCGAUCGGGAACGCUUCAUCUUUCAGCGGAGAAGCGUCAGAAGAGAAGCGUGGUCCUUGAUCGACAAGAAUUACAAAGCUCCGGUGCUUCGGACGCCGAAACAACUUACGGAAGUCGUCAGAAACGAUCUGCAUCCGUCGACGAUAAAGUUACGGACUCCUCUUAUAACAUUACGACAAUGAAAGAUGAGACUAUGAAUUGCUCAGAAGGUUUCUCUAUUAUUGAGUGUUAUCUGAACUUAAUAGAAGCUAAUGGAACUGCCUCUGUACCUCCAAGCUCUGGUACUCUAAUAUUUUCAAGUUUUAUAAUAUUACCUCUUCCAAAACCACUUAUGGUUGUAGCAGAUUCAUAA